AUGUCAGGUAGGUGCUGUAAUGAAAUUAAAAUUUGGAAAGAAACCAAAAGUCGGUCUCACUACAGUAAGAUUUCUCGUUCAUAUCAGGGAAUGUUACACAACAGAAAAGAACGAAAACGUUUUAUAAAAACUGCCACCAAAAAGUUUAACUCUAUCUGAAACAAAAACAUGGGAUUGAUCUCAAAUUAUUAGAGAGCAAAUCGAUCCUGUGGGUUUCAGGUUCCAACAGCGUAGUACUGUUUUACAGCUUUUGCAGCGGCUGGAAUGCGUCGAUAAACCUUCCAUCGACUGCUAUUUAAAGAACGCAUAACUAAACUAACUUUAUUUAUACUGGGUAACCCUAUCAUGUUCCAGCUUUAUCUAAUGGAACAAAGAAAAUCAUGCGAUGUUUAGUUCAGUCGAACAGAAUUAACUCUUCUCACACGCGAUUGAGGUGUAUGUAAGGGACUGGUCAUAAAGUAAAAGGGGGGCUAGGAAAAAUAGAGGGUGAGUCAAUAUUGUUGAGCACGGUUGAAGGGAUGGGUCAUUGAAAGUUAAGUGCAAUCAUAAGGGUGGGCCAUGUAAAAAUAUGCAGAAAUGUUUUCAAUGGCAUGUGUAUUAAAAUUCAUAUUAUAAAAAUAGAAAUAAAACGUAUCAGGAUCCAUGUGUAAAAUUUAUACCGCAAACGUUCACCUCAAACUUAAAAGCUAACUAAUUUUCUGAUAAUCAUAUAAAUGUCACGAGCUUUGUGUAGGAUGUUUAUUAUGUAACAAAAUUAGUAUAAUCUCUAAGAGGGCUGGGGGGGGGACAUGUCCCCCCCCCCCAGUCUAUAUGUUAAAAGAGGCCCUGAAUUAAAUACAGAAAGGUCUUUCUUUGCAUGGAACUUCCCAUGCAUACUGCAUUAUGCAGCAUCUUUCUCAUAAUCAGAGACCUUUAGUUUGACUAACGCCAAACCGCUAACGAUGAUUGUGAUUUAACUACUACUAGCCCUUCCAGUCGAAAUUUUGCCCCCCCCCCCCAGUGAGGUCCCUAAGAACUACCUGCAGUAGGUGGUCAACCAGCAAUUAUGUAUCAAAGUGAGAAAACGAUGUUAAGUUGUUAACAUUUCUGAAUUUGACCAUCAUCUGCAGGCCCGUAACUAGCUAUUGAGUCCACCGAAUCAGUUCACUUGGUAGGCCCGAAUUUGGGGACUGAAAUUUAAACAUCGCCAGAAACCUAAACCAUGACUGAAAUAAUUUGCUCGUGGAACAAGGCAUGAAAUAACAUUUUAGGACAAAAUUCUAGUUUAGUUUUUCCAAGCAAAGAUACUCCAAAGAGACCACCCCAUCUUGCUCUUCAGUGACACUGAGAAGACGAAUAUUAAUGCGUCGAUUUCAAGUACCCCAAUACAUGUAAUACAGUACUGUAGAAUUUGAAGUGUGGUGAAUGAUAAUACCAUACCACAUACAUUUUAAUUACCGCAUCUUCACACCAUGUUGCCUUAUUGGGACUGGAUUACAUUUGGGAGACUGUAAAAUUGCAGUAAUUGUGUUACUGUUUAUAAGGUUAAUUUCUUGUUGGAAAACUCCUCAAAAUGCUGGAAAUAGCUUGUCUGAGCUUCAAGAAAUCCAAAACUUUCUGGGGGGCAUGCCCCCAGACCCCUCUAGAAGCUCGCACCUUCGGUGGUCGACUCGGUUGUCUCAGAAUCCUAGUUACGGCCUGAUCUGCUGCCCUAUGACGUAUACUUAUUAGUUAAACCAUGCAUAUAAUGCUGGUAGCUGCAGUGAUACAAACUUGCCGACUGUAACUUCUCCAGGUCCCCCGCUAAAUGUCUCCUCCAGUUACACAUCCUUAAAAGAGACCGUGAAUUUUAAUUGCACCAUUUGAAUAGCUAUUGAGAAUUGUAACACAGAAUUAUUUGGCAACAGAAAAAUAGAACGCUGGUAUCUUUCGCCUUUUUGAAAGGGUGUGUCAUAAUUUUUCAGCACCAAUUUAAGGGUGGGCCACAAAUUUUCGUGCAGCUAUUAAGGGGUGGGCUACCAAAAGUGCAGACACCAAAUGUAUCAUUUUCCCAGCCUCCCCCCCCCCUUUUACUUUAUGACCGGUCCCUAAGUAUGCUCUGCAGAAUUUAUACUUGCAUCUCUGAGUAUUUUCUUUAAAUUUUCUGCAGGUUACCGUCUAUGCGACCAUGUAAUCAGUGAACACAACACACUGAAUUUCUUGGAAUGUUCUCUGUACUGUCUCAGAAAACCUUCUCACUGUAAAUCAAUCAAUUACAAAGCGAGAAAACAUCAACAUCCUUCUAACAACUGCCAGCUCAACAACGCCACGAAAACAACACAUCCUCAGAAUUUGCUGCCUGAUAAAAACUAUGAUUAUUAUCAACCGCUGGAAAAGCCCGAAAAGGUAUUUUUAUAGAUUUUCUAUGAACGUCGAACAACAAGUAUUAUAACAAUUGGGCAUGCCAUAAACGUUCAUAUUCUUUUAAAAGUAAAACGAAAUGUGCAGUAGCUAUAUAAGAGCGUUAUAUUUUUGUUAUAACGUAACAUUUCCGAAAGUAAUUAAAUUUGUUUUUCAAUUGCAGAAAAUAGAAAAAAUAAAAAAAGUAGAAGAACAAGAACAAGUAGAAGAACCUGUAAAUUAUGGUAGAAUGACUUGAAUCAAAUUUAUCUUCACAAAGAGAGGAAUCGUUAAGUUUAAGGUGGCUCCCUACAAUUUAAAAAUAGGAGAAAACCAUGAAUUAAGGGACCGGUCAUCAAGUAAUUAUUGGUAGGACGGGCCGGAGGAAAUAAGGAGCGAUGGACUGGAUGGGCCAUGAAACAAAUAUAACCUGUUUGCACUCAAUACGUAUACUAUGACUACCACACAACAUUCCUAUUAAAAGAAUCAACAUUCAAUAUAACAAAUGGUUUCAUCAAAGUGACUACUAUACUGUACAUAUUCAUGUAUAGCAGGAUGGGUCGUGAAAUUUUUCGAAUGACCUACUAAUAACUAUGGGCUCUGAAAUUUUUUCUAGGAUGGGCCACCGUUUUUUUUGGAAAACCUAUUUUUCCCACCGCCCCAACCUAGCUGUUACUUUAUGACCGGUCCUCAAAUCAAACUUUUUAAAGAUUGUUACUUGUCUGAAAUAACAAAUUGUACAACUUUUUUAAAGGAACAGUCUAAAAGAAUUGGCUUUAGUCACAAAAGUGACGUUACCACUGUUGCUAUGGCAACAAUGACGAUUCAAGAUGGCCGAUAUUUUGGUUUUUAACGCACUUUACUUAAAAAAAAACGCCUGGCUACCCCCAAUUUUUAUUUCAGAAACAUUUUCUUGUAGUACAAUGAACUAUCUGACCAAGUUUUAAAAAAUCCUGUAGAAUUUUUUAUAAUUAGUCCGAUAGUUUAUUGUACUACAUGAAUAUGUUUUCCGAAAUAAAAAUGGGGGCAACCAGACGUUUUUUAAAGUAAAGUGGGAUAAAAGCCAAAAUAUUGGCCGUCUUGAAUCGUCAUUGUUGCCAUAGCAACAGUAGUGACGUCAUUUUUGCAACCAAAUUCCAAUUGUUUGAUUGCUGCUUUACAUAUGGCGUACAUUUUUUGACUUUCUAGCAAACAACAUCCCUUCAAAGACUUGAUCUAAUUUAUGCAUUUUCAACAUUUCUAUAGAAUGUAGGGAGCCACCUUAAUUAAGGUCAGGUUAAGGCUGAAGUGAGGUUGAGGUUAGGUUGAGGUUAGAUUAUCAAACAUGGAUUUAUUAAUUCACUUUUUCUUAGCAAAAAGUUGUGAUGACUUGUACAAAUCCGGCAAGACAACGACCGGGGUUUAUACAAUCGACCCGGAUGGCCUGGGACCUUUUGCUGUUCGAUGUGAUAUGGAAACAACCACAGGGGUUAAUACAAUCGACCCGGACGGCCUUGGAGCUUUUGCUGUUCGUUGUGAUAUGGAAACAACUAGUACUUCAGGGAGGGGCUGGACUAUAUUCCAAAGACGUGUAGAUGGGUCUCUAAGCUUCUACAGAAAGUGGUAUGGUUACAAAAUUGGAUUUGGCGAUUUGUCUGGUGAAUUUUGGCUUGGUUUGGACAAGAUUCAUCGUCUCACAGCCAGUGGGCAGAAUGUACUGAGAGUUGAUCUCGAAAGUUUUGAAAACGAGGCUGCUUAUGCAGUUUAUGAAUCAUUUUCUGUGGGAAAUGAAAGCAACGCUUACAUUUUGAAUGUUGGUAACUACUCAGGUAAUAAUACUUAGGCUGGGAUUACACUAUACCGGAUUGAUUUUCAUACCGGAUCAAUUUUCACACCGAAGCCAAAAUCAAGGGUGUUUACACUAUGCCGCUUCGCUCUGUCGCCAGCUCGUAUCUUUUAUCGUUGCCACGGAAACAAAUAAUAAGUUUUGACCAUUUUGGACGUUUUCUCGACAGUACUUGUGAAUUAUAACUUUGUUUACAAAGCUUGACCACCCGACGUUGCUUUGUCUCGCUCUUAUCGAAAAUUGACGAGUAUUUCAUUAAAUUUUGCCCUUUUGAAAGCAAGAAGUCAAUGUUAUUACCGCUAUCUUUAUUUGUCUUCGCUAGAAAUAAUAAAUAAUUGUAAAGCGAAGCAAACAACAGCUAUAAAAUAUUUAAAAGCGAGUAAAUAAAACGACAAUGUUAAAAUAUACUUGCCGAAACCUAUUUAUAGUACCGGAGCGUACCGGAUUGCUUGAUUACACUUGGUUUUAUCCGGUACAGCACGUACCGGAUUACUUUUCAUAUCACCUCCAAAGCGAAGUGAUUUUCGCGCCGCGGCACGUGCCGGAUUACAGUGGCGUAGUGUAAACAAGAGGCCAAUCCGGUACAGAAAUCGCGUCGCUUCGAUGCAAUCCGGUAUAGUGUAAUCGGGGCCUUAGACAGCUACCGGAUAUAAGCUAUUCUGCAAUCUGAUUGGCUCUCUACUAGCAGGAUAUUAUACACUUAAUGUCUGCUCCCGACACAGGGGGUCCAACUAAGAGCUGUGUUAUGAAUAUGAAUAAAACAUUAAUUAAAC